GCUACAUCCGAAACCUUCUCUCCGCCUUAAUUCCCUUUACUUCUCCCUUCCCUCUUUGCAAUCUCAGGGACAGCGUAGAAACUCAAUAAAAAUUCCCAGCUAGGAAAAAAUUGCCUUCCUUUGAUUCCAACCCCCCCACCCAACUCUUCCUUUACUUUUCCUUCACCUUUGAGUAAAUGGUAACUGCAUUCCCUUCAAGAUGAAGUUAGCCUAUUUUUUCAUCACCGUCCUACUUCAGGACUGUUUUCUGUUGAGACGGGUACUCGCUCAAGGGUCAGAUGUAUCCAACAGUGUGAUAACUUUUCAAGACUGCCCUGUGGACCUGUUUUUCGUCCUGGAUACCUCUGAAAGUGUUGCCUUAAGAGAAAAGCCUUUUGGGGCAUUGGUUGACAAUAUCAAAGAAUUCACCAGACUAUUCAUUGAUAAGUUAAAUGAAAGAUAUUAUCGGUGUGAUCGGAAUCUAGUGUGGAAUGCUGGGGCCUUGCAUUACAGUGAUGAGGUGCAGCUGAUCAGUGGGCUCACCCCUAUGCGUACUGGGCGAAAUGACUUAAAGGACCGAGUCGCCAAAGUAGUCUCCAUUGGGAAAGGGACUUACACAGAUUGUGCCAUCAAGAGAGGGAUUGAAGAGCUACUCAUUGGAGGAUCACAUCACAAGGAAAAUAAAUACAUGAUCGUGGUGACAGAUGGACAUCCCUUGGAAGGCUACAAAGAGCCUUGUGGGGGACUGGAAGAUGCUGCCAAUGAAGCAAAGCAUCAGGGAAUCAAAGUAUUCUCCGUCGCCAUAUCUCCAAACCAUCUGGAACCCAGGCUAAGUGUGAUUGCCACAGACCAAAAUUAUCGUCGCAAUUUCACAGCAACUGGACCAGCUUUACGUCCACGUGAAAUCAGCAACACAAUUGACACUAUUAUUGACAUGAUCACAAAGAAUGUGGAGCAAGCGUGCUGCUCAUAUGAAUGCCAGCCUGCUCGAGGCCCUCCAGGACCAAUCGGGGAUGCAGGAUAUGAGGGAGAAAGAGGAAAGCCUGGCCUGCCAGGAGAAAAAGGAGAAGCUGGAGAGCCUGGAAAGCAAGGAGACCCAGGACCUGUUGGUUACCAAGGAAUGAAGGGAGAAAAAGGUGACCGAGGUGACAAGGGGUCAAGAGGUGCCAAAGGAGCCAAGGGAGAGAAGGGCAAGCGUGGCAUUGAUGGCAUUGAUGGCAAGAAGGGAGAACAAGGAUUUCAUGGACUACCAGGUUGCAAAGGAUCCCCAGGAUUUGAUGGCUUACAAGGACCACCUGGACCAAAGGGGGACCCUGGCCCUUAUGGACCUAAAGGAGUAAAGGGAGAGCCUGGGGUUGAUGGAAGACCAGGCAGGCGUGGAAAUGUUGGAAACCCUGGAGAAAAGGGUCCGUUGGGGGCGCCUGGAGCUCCUGGAGAGAAAGGAGAAUUGGGAGAUGAGGGAAAUCCUGGACCAGAUGGCCCCAGGGGAGAGAAGGGCAGCAAUGGAGAAAGGGGAGCACCGGGUACCCCUGGUAACCGCGGAACAAGAGGAGGCAAGGGUGAUCCAGGGCCACAGGGUGAGCAAGGCCGUGAAGGACCCUACGGACCUCCUGGAGAACCAGGUGAAACAGGGCCAGCUGGACCUAAAGGGUACAGGGGAGAUGAAGGACCUUCUGGACCAGAGGGCCCUAAAGGACUGCCUGGGCCACCUGGCUUACCUGGAGAUACUGGCUCAAUGGGUGACAGAGGAGAAGAUGGUCCACCAGGAAAUGGCACUGAUGGCUUUCCAGGAUUCCCAGGCUAUCCUGGCAACAGAGGUGAUCCUGGUGUGAAUGGUACCAAAGGGCAUCCUGGUCCAAAAGGUGAUGAGGGAGAGAUUGGAGAUCCUGGAAGGGAAAGCAAUGCAACUGGGACCAUAGGCAUGAAAGGAGCCAAAGGGUACAGAGGACCAGAAGGCCCUCCUGGACCUCCUGGACCCAUAGGCCCUCCUGGACCAGAUGAAUGUGAGAUUUUAGAUAUCAUCAUGAAAAUGUGUUCUUGCUGUGAAUGCACAUGUGGUCCUGUUGAUGUUCUGUUUGUACUGGACAGUUCAGAGAGCAUUGGCCUGCAGAACUUCAUGAUUGCCAAGGAUUUCAUUAUUAAGGUCAUUGACAGGCUGAUGAAGGAUGAACAUGUGACGUUUUCUCCAAGGGAAUCCCAUGUUGGUGUUGUGCAGUACAGCCAUGAUAAAACUCAGGAACUUGUGGCCUUGGGAGAUGCCAAUAUUGAUAACAUUGGAGCCCUCAAGGAGGCUGUGAAGAACCUGCGCUGGAUUGCUGGAGGCACCUUUACUGGAGAGGCUCUUGAGUUCACCAGGGAGAACUUAGUGCAGCGCUUUACUGCUGAGAAAAGAGUGGCUAUUGUCAUCACUGAUGGGAGAUCUGACAUACUUCGGGACCAAACACCAUUAAAUGCUCUCUGCGGAUUCAGUACCCAGGUGGUCCCCCUGGGUAUUGGUGACAUUUUCCAAUCUCCUCCAAACCCUGAGCAGUUAUCAACAAUUUCCUGUGGGGGGGUAUCCAUUCAGCGCGAAAACUAUGCUGAACUCCUGGAUGACACUUUCCUAUACAACAUUACCUCUGAAGUCUGUAAAGACAAGAAAUGCCCAGACUACACUUGUCCAAUCUCUUUUAGUGGCCCAGCGGACAUCACACUCCUUGUGGAUAGUUCCAGCAGUGUGGGCAGCCGGAAUUUCAACACCACCAAGAGAUUUGUGAAACGCCUUGCAGAACGAUUCCUGACAGCAGCCAAACCUGCUGAAGACACUGUGCGCAUCUCUGUUGUCCAGUACAGUGGAAGAGCCCAACAGAAACUGGAGGCUCAGUUUGAGCAGAACUACACAGUGAUCGCUGAUGCUAUCGACAAAAUGGAAUUUAUUAAUGAUGCUACAGAUGUGAAUGCAGCCCUGAAUUUUGUUACCAACCUCUACCGUCGAUCUUCCCGUUCUGGUGCUAAGAAGAGGGUGCUCAUUUUCUCGGAUGGAAACUCUCAAGGCAUCACUCAGAAUGCCAUUGAGAGGGCAGUGCAGGCAGCUCAACAGGCAGGCCUUGAAAUCUAUGUACUGGUGGUUGGCACCCAAGCCAAUGAGCCCAAUAUACGUGUGCUUGUCACUGGAAAAACCACUGAGUAUGAUGUGGCCUAUGGUGAGCGACACCUUUUCAGAGUGCCUGAUUACCAGUCUCUGCUACGGGGCGUAUUCUACCAAACUGUCUCCAGAAAAAUAUCUGUAGACUGAAGGAAGUGACACCUAAAGGAUAUAUAGAUUUAAAGAAUUAAAAAGUAAAAUACAGAGUUAGCAACCAGUGGAAUCCAGGUUUUUAUUCCAAGCCAUAGCCCACCUGUGUCCUUGCUUUUCAGCUGUCUUACAUCAAUGUUUUCUUUAUUUUCCAUUAAUACUUCCCUCUACAGGGAGAAAUUAUAGGUUGAUUUAUUCUUGGCCUAACUGAUAGCUUUCUGAACUGUAACUGAAAAUGUCUGUAUUUUGCACCGUGUUCGAUAAAAGUAAGUUGGGUUGGUAAAGAUGCUUAAAUACACUAUUAUUUUAUUUUUGUGAGGUUGAGAAUACAUUUCACAAGGAUCUUAGGAUCUUCUUUCCAGAAUAAAAUGAUCCCCUGUAUUGCUGCCAAAAUUACUAUUUUUUAAACUUACCUUUUUUAAAAUUUGUGAUUGAGAAGAGAUUCAGUAGUGAUUAUUUUCUAGGCUACUCAGCCUAGAGUAGCCUAGAAAGAUCCCAUUGCCCCUUGAAAAAUUCCUUUGCCCCCAGAAGUAUACAAGGGACAUUUCAUGGGACAUCACUAGGGUUGGAUAUUUCUGAAAUGAUUACCCACAAGUGUGCAAUCCAAUGCAAAGCAGAUUAUUUCACUGGUUUAACACCAACAACCUGUAACACUUACUAGAAUUUCAGUAUUGAAAAAGGAAUUGUUAAAAAUGAUUCUUACAUGGUGAAAAUGAGCCCCACAGCAGGGAGCUUCCAGUUUGCAUUCCUCUCUAAAUUAUUUUUGAAUGAACUUCUAUGAAAGCCUGUGCCUUGCAAUUGGGCCUCUUGUCUUCAGAAUGUCCUCUCAAUUCCAAUGUGACAGUCAAUCCAGGUGCUACUCCCUGCCCACCUCUCCCUACCCCAGCCAACAGCCUCAAGUUUACAUUCUUGGUAUGGUAUGUUUACACAUUUAUUCCUGGAAGAAAUAUCCAAAUGGGGGGUUGGAUUGGACAGGGUUAAUUCAGUAUUUCAGAUGGUGCUCUAACUAUGAAUUCAAUGUGCUUUUUAAAGAAAAAUAGCAAAUUGUUUUCAGGAUUGAGGCUUUUAUAGUUUUGCAACCAAUAUUCAUUGUAGCACUUCAUUUUAUUUUAUUCCCAUGUUUUACUGGCAGAUGUUCACUUUGAAAUUUGUUCAAAUAAAUUGUUUCCCACAGUU